CUCCUGUGCGCGUCUUAAAAGGGCAAAGAAAGGACGCCGGGACUUACGCUACGCGCGGGUCUGGCCCGCUCCGUUGGGGUGCCCUGUUCCUCGAAACGUUUGUGAGUGGACGCGACGGGCAUCGCACCCCUCCCUCACGCCCCUACCCGGCCCCGCCGUGGGCCCCGCAGGCCGGCGAGGCCCCUUUAAGAGGCUCGCGGGUCGGCCGCCGGAGGUCGCGGGGUGGCCCGUGCGCCGCGGGCCGCGCUCCCCGCCAUGCGGGCGCUGCGGGCCGGCCUGACCCUGGCGCUGGGCGCGGGGCUGGGCGCGGCGGCCGAGGGCUGGCGGUGGCGGCGGCGGGCGGACGCGAGGGCGGCGCCGGGGCUCCUGGGCCGGCUGCCCGUGCUGCCCGUGGCGGCGGCGGCCGAGCUGCCCGCGGUGCCCGCGAAGCCCGGGACCCCGGCGGGCGGCGGCCCCGGCGAGCUGGCCAAGUACGGGCUGCCGGGGCUGGCGCAGCUCAAGAGCCGCGAGUCGUACGUGCUGUGCUACGACCCGCGCACCCGCUGCGCGCUCUGGGUGGUCGAGCAGCUGCGGCCCGAGCGGCUCUGCGGCGACGGCGACCGCCGCUCGUGCGACUUCCGCGAGGACGACUCGGUGCACGCGUACCACCGCGCCACCAACGCCGACUACCGCGGCAGCGGCUUCGACCGCGGCCACCUCGCCGCCGCCGCCAACCACCGCUGGAGCCAGAAGGCCAUGGACGACACCUUCUACCUGAGCAACGUCGCGCCCCAGGUGCCCCACCUCAACCAGAAUGCUUGGAACAACCUGGAAAAGUACAGCCGCAGCUUGACCCGCACCUACCAAAAUGUCUAUGUGUGCACAGGGCCGCUCUUCCUGCCCAGGACGGAGGCUGACGGGAAGUCCUAUGUGAAGUAUCAGGUCAUCGGGAAGAACCACGUGGCGGUGCCCACCCACUUCUUCAAGGUGCUGAUCCUGGAGGCCGCAGGCGGGCAAAUCGAACUCCGCUCCUACGUGAUGCCCAACGCUCCCGUGGACGAGGCGGUUCCGCUGGAGCGCUUCCUGGUGCCCAUCGAGAGCAUUGAGCGGGCCUCGGGGCUGCUCUUCGUGCCAAAUAUUCUGGCACGGGCAGGCAGCCUAAAGGCCGUCACUGCAGGCAGCAAGUGAAGGCCACAGCCCUGCCAGACUGCGGGGGCGGGGCUGCAUUAAAGGUGGUGAUUUCUGGA